UUUUAACGAUACGGUUACUUAUUAUUGCAAAUAAUUAUUUCUUCGUCUUCAACAGUAUGCAGUUAAAAAUUCUGUUACUUUUCUUAUAUGGAUUGCAUAGUACUCAAAAUUCCAAGAUGACACCAGAAAUAACAAAAAUAUUGAUGGAACUUAAUGCAAAAUAUGCAACGGAACUUAACGUAUUCAUCAACUUUCAGGAAUAUUAUAUGGAUUUCCAAUUACUAAUAUCUCCAGCAAUUCAACUUCAGACGACAACUAAGAAGUUUCGAAGAUUUCGUUUGCAUGAUAACUUUUCCCAUAACGCUUUAAUUAUUAUUGCUAUAAGAGUUCCACCUCUUGAUCCAGAAGUGGCUUAUCAUUUGCCAUAUCUUUUGAAGGAACUACAUGAACUUCAUAUAGUAUUUAUUACAGACCAAGAUCCUCAAAGUUGGCAGCAGGAUCUCUUUAGAUAUUGUUUUCAAGAAGGCUUUAUCAACACUUUGCUAAUCCAUCAAAGCAAUCGGGAUGUGUUUUUUUAUAGUUACAUUCCCUAUCCAGAAAUGCAUAUCCAAAAAUUAUCCAAGCUAGAAGAAUACUUCACCAGAUGGCAGCUUCUUUGCAAUUUUCACCAUUAUCCUGUUCGAACGAUUGCCAACACAAAUGAGCCACGCAAGAUUCAAUAUGUGAAUCGUAAAGGUCAACUCGUUCAUGCUGGAUAUAUUUAUAAUAUAUUUCUGGAAUUUACCAGGCGCCACAACGCAACUCUAACGCUUUUGCCUGAAAUAGAAAAUGAUGGUGCUUUUCCUAUUGCAAUGGCAAUGCUAAACAAUAAGGAAUUUGAUUUUGUUUGCUACCCCACGGAACUUACAUGGAACUUACCAAGUACAUCGCCGCUUUAUUUGCUAAAAGAUUACAUUAUUCUACCUCAUUCCCGUCCCAUUGCCAGCUAUUUAUACUUUAGAAAGCCUUUCGCCUGGACUGUGUGGUUAGCAGUGGUUGCCACUGUGGCUUAUGGAAUGAUUAUGCUUUAUGCCUGCUGUGGAUCUGCCAGGUCUGAGAUUGGUUUAUACUUGCUAAACAGCUUGUGUCACGUAUUAUACAUUUCACAAUCGCGAAUUUCUGUCUUGAAUUGGCAACAGUUGACGAUUCACAUCAUUAUGAUUCUUACUGGAUUUAUAUUAACUAACUCGUAUUUGGCGAUGUUGUCGAGCAUGCUCACAUCUGGAUUAUUUGAGCCACAACUAAAUACAUUGGAAGACUUGAAACAUUCUCCUUAUCCUUUGCUCAUAGAUGACUACUAUAUAGAUUAUCUAAAGGAAGCUGUGUCCCUGCCAGCAGAAGUAAAAAAUCGAAUGUGCCUCGACACAGUAGAUGGCCUUAAUAAAGCUCGGAUUGGAUUGAAUUCUAGCUUCAUGUAUGUUGCCUACGAAGAUCGAAUGGAAGGAAUUUUGUACCAACAACACUUACUGAAAGUGCCCCGUUUUAAGAAAAUACCAGAGAGUCUUAUGACCGGACUUAUGGCAUUUCCAGUGGCACCAUCCUUACCUUACCUCAGCAUGUUGAAUGUCUAUUUGAGACGUAUCUUUGAGUGUGGCAUUUUCGCAAAGAUGAUGAGUGAUUCCUGGAUGAAUGCGAUCGAAAGCGGAAUAUACAAGCUGAUGAGAAGUGAAGGAGUUGAACAAAAACCUUACGAUUUGGAAUUCUUUUACUAUGCAUUCGCUCUUUGGGCUAUUGGCUUAACAUUGGCUGGACUCGCAUUUAUUUUUGAAAUGUUCAUAAAAUGA